AUGGCCUACCGAGAAUUUUUCAAUAGCUUCAAUUCCCUUCCAACUAUUAUGGAAACAGGUAACAUGGAAUACGACCAAGAUUGGACAGAUGGUCCUACGACUACUGAACAUACAGACGUAACCAGUAGCUCAUCAGCAGAACCAACAACAUACAUAGCUCCGCUAACAAAGCGAAAUCUAGCUAUACAGCGAGCGACGGAACGCGCGAAACAUUGGCAUCAAUCUCAACUUGUUCAGCAGCAAUCAGAACAUACAAUCCAACCCAACAAGGUAACGAAAUAUGCCGAUUGUCUGACAUAUAUCAAUAAUGUCCAAGACCCGUUUCCCCAAGAACAAGGCUUCGCUAUGGAUUCCAGCAGUUCCACCUAUCUUACCGACUACACAGAUCCCACCACUCUUGUGGAUUCCGAGGAAUCAUCCACCCUCCUAGAUUCUACAACCUCAGAGACGGAUGAGACUGUUACUAUUGUAGGUCCUCCACCCACCAUCCUGUCUAGCACUUCCACAACCACCGUGGAAUCUUCUGAUAAUCCCGAGAUUCCUAUUGAAGCCUUGUUAUACAAUGCAGCUCUUCGUGAAUUGUUGAGUGCCGAAAGAACUUACAUGGAAUAUAUGGCUCGUGAAUCGGCUUCAAGACCUGCGAGACACAACGGUAAUUCUAGGGCUGUUGAUCGUAGAUAG